AUGGGUGCCUGGAUGCUGGGUGUACGGCCGGGCUGGACGGUGCUAAGCAUCGAGGGCCAAGCGGUGCAGACCAAGGAGGACAUCGAAGAUGCCCUUCAAGCUGCCGCAGAGAAGGAGAAGAGGUACAUGGUCUGCUUCGAAAAGGGGGCGGGCAAGUUCGGAACGGAGGCCAAGGAGAAAGCAGAGAGGGAGAAGCGGCAGUUGGCCAAGCUGCGGAAGGAGUUUCGCUUCCAGGGCCGCAUCGAGCGCAGCGAGCAUCGAGGCACCAGCUUCGCGCAGCUGGAGCGCGUUUGUGGCUGUUUGGAGGAGAACUGCGCGGCGUGGACGGACCACUUGCCGGCGAAGAUGUCCAAGACAUCGGGGAAAAUGUUGCGCAUGGACUUUCUCAACUUUCACCAUCUCAGCAACUACCUCAUUUUGCCCAUGACCAAGCCUCGGAAGUGUGCCUUCGUAGAGAUGCUCACUUCCCAGCCGCAGCAGCCCUCCUGGUUCGUGAGCCAUUGGUGGGGCACGCCGGUGCUGGGCUUCACGGAGUGCCUCAGCCGCCACGUGGCGGUCCGAAACCUGGGGCUGGACAGCGCCUACUGGACCCGCUGGUGA